CUCUCUCAGGUGUGUUUGACUCUGACUGCUAAGCGCAUGGCUCGCAAAAACUGUCUGGUGAAGAAUCUAGAAGCCGUGGAGACUCUGGGUUCCACCUCCACCAUCUGCUCAGAUAAAACUGGAACCCUGACUCAGAACCGGAUGACAGUCGCUCACAUGUGGUUUGACAACCAGAUCCACGAGGCCGACACCACCGAGGACCAAUCAGGCAGUUGCUUCGAUAAAAGCUCUGCUACAUGGUUCUCUCUGUCUCGAGUGGCAGGACUUUGUAACCGUGCUGUCUUCAAACCUGGACAAGAGAACAUUCCUGUGCGCAAGAGGGACACAUCAGGUGAUGCAUCAGAGUCUGCUCUGUUGAAGUGUGUUGAGCUCUCGUCCGGCUGUGUUCAGACUCUCAGAGACAAUAACCGAAAAGUGACAGAAAUCCCAUUCAACUCAACUAACAAAUACCAGCUGUCUAUUCACGAGAUAGAAGACAGUCCCACUGGACACCUGCUGGUGAUGAAAGGAGCCCCAGAGCGGAUUCUGGACAGGUGCAGUACCAUAAUGAUCAACGGUGAGGAAAUGCCAAUGGACGAGGACUGGAAAGACGCAUUUCAGGGAGCAUACAUGGAGCUGGGCGGACUGGGAGAGAGGGUUCUGGGUUUCUGCCACCUGUUCCUCUCUCCCUCACAGUUUCCAAGGGGGUUUGAGUUCGAUUGUGAUGAUGUGAAUUUCCCGGUCAACCAGCUCUGUUUCCUGGGCUUAAUCUCCAUGAUCGAUCCGCCUCGAGCCGCAGUGCCAGAUGCUGUAGGAAAAUGCCGCUCCGCUGGCAUUAAGGUUAUCAUGGUAACGGGUGACCAUCCUAUAACCGCCAAAGCCAUUGCUAAAGGUGUCGGCAUUAUCUCUGAGGGCAACGAGACGGUGGAGGAUAUCGCUGAAAGACUUAAUAUACCUCUGAGCCAAGUCAAUCCACGAGAUGCUAAGGCCUGUGUGGUUCAUGGUUCAGACUUGAAGGACAUGAGCUCCGAGUAUCUGGAUGAUAUUCUGAGGAACCACACAGAGAUUGUGUUUGCUCGCACUUCACCUCAACAAAAACUCAUCAUCGUGGAGGGCUGCCAGAGACAGGGUGCCAUAGUGGCAGUGACAGGUGAUGGGGUGAAUGACUCCCCUGCUCUGAAGAAGGCUGACAUUGGCAUUGCCAUGGGAAUCUCUGGCUCCGAUGUCUCCAAGCAAGCUGCUGACAUGAUCCUUUUGGACGACAACUUUGCCUCAAUUGUUACGGGGGUGGAAGAGGGUCGUCUGAUCUUUGAUAACCUGAAGAAGUCGAUUGCGUACACGCUGACCAGUAACAUCCCUGAGAUUACACCCUUCCUGCUCUUCAUCAUUGCCAGUGUGCCGCUGCCUCUGGGCACCGUCACUAUCCUCUGCAUCGACCUUGGCACUGACAUGGUUCCUGCGAUCUCUCUAGCGUACGAGUCGGCAGAGAGUGACAUUAUGAAGCGUCAGCCCCGAAACCCUAAAACUGACAAGUUGGUGAAUGAGAGGCUCAUCAGCAUGGCUUACGGACAGAUCGGUAUGAUCCAGGCACUGGGAGGAUUCUUCACCUAUUUUGUGAUCAUGGCUGAGAAUGGCUUUCUGCCUCAAACACUGCUGGGAAUUCGACUGGAUUGGGACGAUCGCGCAGUUAAUGACGUGGAGGACACCUAUGGACAGCAAUGGACUUACGAGCAGCGUAAGGUCAUCGAGUUCACCUGUCACACCUCGUUCUUCGCCAGCAUUGUGGUGGUGCAGUGGGCCGACCUCAUCAUCUGCAAGACACGCAGGAACUCCGUCUUCCAACAGGGCAUGAAGAAUAGGAUUCUCAUUUUUGGACUGUUUACUGAGACGGCUCUGGCAGCCUUCCUGUCCUACUGCCCCGGUAUGGACAUUGCCCUGAGGAUGUACCCACUCAAGAUUAUGUGGUGGUUCUGUGCUUUCCCGUACAGUUUGCUAAUCUUUGUGUAUGACGAGAUCCGUAAAUUAAUCCUGCGCAGGAAUCCGGGAGGCUGGGUGGAAAAAGAAACCUACUAUUAACAAGAUUAUGCAGUCUCUGUGCAUGAUUGCUGCUGUGUGUGUCUAUUUGUAAAAGAUAUCAACGUCUGCUUUA